UCAUCAACAGUGGCGUUUCUACCUUUCUUUUUCGAUUGCGCGGUGUUGGAGUUUGUUUUUAGCGAGCUAACGUAGCUUACAUGUAUUUAUUUGUGUAAGUUUAGGGACAUUUGACGAACCUGGCACAUAUAGUUCGCCUUGAUUGAUCAAUAGAAUGCAUUGAUUCGAGAUUUAAGAAAAUAGUAGCUUUGCGCUGUUUAUUUUUCGCCUCAUUGUUUCGCGAGUUCGGGAUGUUUUUAUCCUCAACAUGGAGACAAAAAGAGGGGAGAUUCCCAACGGCGUAUUGGACGACCUCUGCAGUCGAUUCAUCCUCCACAUCCCUAGUGAAGAGAGAGACAAUGCUAUCCGCGUGUGCUUCCAGAUCGAGCUUGCCCAUUGGUUCUACCUGGACUUCUGCAUGCAGAAUGCACCAGGAUUACCUCAGUGCGGGAUAAGGGACUUUGCCAAGGCUGUUUUUAAUCAUUGUCCAUUCUUGCUGCCCAAUGGGGAGGAUGUACAGAAGGUUCUAGAACAGUGGAAGGAAUAUAAGAUGGGUGUUCCAACCUAUGGUGCCAUUAUUCUAGAUGAGUCGCUUGACAAUGCAUUGCUGGUUCAGGGCUAUUUGGCCAAGUCAGGGUGGGGCUUUCCAAAGGGAAAAGUCAAUGAAGAUGAGGCUCCCCAUGUUUGUGCUGUACGAGAGGUUAUGGAGGAGACGGGUUUCGAUAUCAAAGAUCGCAUCUGCAAAGAUACGUACAUCGAGCAGAAAAUCACUGAUCAGUUGGCCCGAUUGUACAUAAUACCUGGGGUACCCAAGGAGACGAAGUUCAACCCCAAAACAAGGAAGGAGAUAAGGAACAUCGAGUGGUUCCCGAUUGAGAAACUACCAUGUCACAGAAACGACAUGACUCCCAAGUCUAAACUUGGACUCGCCCCCAACAAGUUUUUCAUGGCCAUUCCUUUUGUCAGACCACUCCGAGAAUGGAUUGCCAAGCGUAAAGGAGAGUCUACAGACAGUGAUGAGGAUUUUGCAUCCAAUGGCAGCACUCCAUGCAAACCUCUGGACAAAGCACGCUCCAAGCAUCGACGGGCCCAGAUGUUGCCGGAGGCAUCUCCAGGAGAGGGGUGGGGGAAGCAGAAGCAACCCAAGCCUCUGGGACAGCUGAGCCAAUACGAGGUCUCUGAACUCUUGAAAGCCAAGAACCUCAAUGUGAAAGGCAAUGGGAAGAAGCACCAGGAUUCUCCCAACCUGAAGAAAAGAGCCAAUGGAGUCGGCAACCAGCAGAAAGAGGAGAAGAGACUUCAGCCCAGGAGACUACAGGACAACUUCGACACAGAUGCAGCACUGCCAUCUGACACGUGCAGCUCCACCAAUGGGCAGCAGGUGGUCUGCAACAGCAACUGUGAACACCUCUCCUCCAGGUCCUUCCUCAACUUCAAGUUCGACAGGGAGGCCAUCAUGAAAUGCUUUGACUCCUGAAAUAGCCAACGGACACCUUGGUCGUGUUCAGUAGGGACCAAAAGGAAGUAAAUGCUUUUUUUUUUUUUUUGCUUUUCGUUGUAUGCCCUAAUGAACACGACCCUGGAAUGGCACACUAGCAGAUACUUCAGUUCUAUGGAAACGGCAGCCCCUCCAACCGUAUGGUUGAGAUGAAGAGUACUGACCACAUGUAUAAAAGCCUUCUGUUGUAGUUUUGUUGUUUUUUUUUGUCAAGCACAGAAAGGUGAACUUGGUGUCGCUGUUUGUUCAUUCAAGCCGAAUCCUUACUUUGGGAUUCUUAGUAACUUAGUUUCGCUUACAGGAAAUCAUGCAGUGAUGUCAAUGGCAAAAAAAAAUAGGGAUGAACAGUUUGUACUCUUGUGCACAGAUCUCUAGUUAGGAUUCAGCCCAUAUGAUCCAGAUUUACUAAGCAUUUGCAUCAGGUGCAAAUGUUGUACCUGUAUUUUUAUAGAGGGAAUUAAUCACUGAAAGUAGUGGGGGGAGGGUUGAAAAUACAGGUUCUGAGAAGAAUAAUGGUAAAGGUAGAUUUAAAGGUUAAAUAAAGGUAGAUAAAGAGUUUUAACUUUGGGGUUUCAUCCCCUGUUGACACGAACAAAGCAUAUGUUUAGUAAAUCUGGCCAGUGAGUGAAGUCGGCGCCAUAACUUGCCAAGUUCAGUGUUUUUUUUGUUUGUGUGUUUUUUUGUCUAAUUUUAAUGGACGACAUAGUCCAACUUUGGUCAGUUUCACCUCCUUACCAACUGAGCUCCCGAUUUAUGUUUUAGGGCAGUGGUUCCCAACCAGGGGUCCUAGGACCACUUGGGAUAUGUGGUCUAUCCACAGGGGGUACUUGAGAAGACUCAAGAGACCAUAGGACUGCUGGUAAAAUGCACAUGAGGGGGUACUCCGGGUAGAGCGAAAUUCAUUUGCAGUGGUACAGUAACCGAAAAAGGUUGGGAACCACUUUUUUUUUUGUGUGUAUAGCUGGUGUGAACUGAUCUGAGGCUAAGCACAGAGUAUUGUACAUUGUGAUUCUAUGCUUUAUCCCCAAAGUCAUAGAGCUGGUGUAGAUGGUCUUGUACAGGCAGUCAUGUUGAAUGGCUCAAGCAGUGUCUGCUCCAAGUAGCCUCGUCCUACCAACUGUGAUGCCAAUGGCCGCGUUCCAGGUCAAGCUUCUUUCUUUUGCAGUCGUGCAUCUCAGAAGAUUGCUAUAUGAUACGAAUGUGGUUUCCACAAUGUUAAAUGUGAUUUUUGCGCAGUACGACUGCAAUAAAGACAACCUGGUACGUGUCCUA